AUGGCAUUGGACCGACGCAAGGCUGCUGUAUUUGGUGGUGCCUUUGUAUUACGGCUACUUCUGGUCUUUCUUUUUCCCUCGUUGCCCGACUUGCUCACAGGCCGAGUGGAGGUCUCGACCCCGGUCAAUAGCUUCAAGCGAUUGCAAGAGGGUCUCUUCCUUUACACCCGAAAUGUGUCACCCUACGAUGGAGGUGUUUUCCAUCAGGCACCGCUCCUCCUCCCAUUAUUCACUUUGCUCCCAGAUGUGAAGAGCAAUCCAUUCCCUACCGCCAUAUUCUACUUCCUCGUCGAUUUAAUAAAUGCGCAUGCAUUGAUCAACAUUUCGGAAUCAGGCCAAUCUGUUCAGACCCGACUACACUCUGCUAUGCGAAAGCAUAUCCGGUGGGACGGAGUGUCUAUUGCAGCUUGGUUCUUGUUCAACCCCUUUACAAUUGCAACCUGCUUGGCCCGAUCAACGAGCGUCUUCACCACCACCGGAAUCCUUUACGCCGUCUCGAAUGCUGUGGAUGGAAAUAGUAUCAACGCAGUGUUGGCACUAGGUCUCGCAUCAUAUUUGUCUCUUUAUCCAGCAUUGCUGUUUAUCCCGCUGGUGCUGCUUUGCUAUGACCAACAAGCGCAAUCCUCCAAGGCACCCAACACUGUGGUGUUCUUUGUGCGACAUGGUGCGAUGCUACUGUCUAGCGUCGCCGGUUUACUAGGAUUGUCAUGUAUUGUCACGGGGAACUUCUGGGAAUUCAUGUCCGCCACGUAUGGCUUUCAUCUGCUGGUCCCCGACUUGACUCCUAAUGUGGGUCUUUGGUGGUAUUUCUUCAUCGAGAUGUUCGACUCCUUCCGGGAGUUCUUCGUGGGCGUCUUCUGGCUUCAUCUAGCCAGUUAUGUGGGAGGCUUUACUGCCCGCCUGCGACGACAACCCUUGUUUAUCAUUACUUCGCUCUUGGGCGUCUUUGCAAUUUUCAAGCCUUAUCCUAGUAUUUCUGACGCAUCCCUCUACUUCGCGCUGCUACCUUUGUACCGGCACCUCUUUCCUUUGAUGCGGUACACAUUCUUCGCAGUCUCCGCACUUCUCUACUCCAGUCUUCUGGGCCCCGCAUUCUACCACUUGUGGAUCUACGCUGGGUCCGGCAACGCCAACUUCUUCUAUGCGAUCACUCUCGUCUGGAGUCUAGGCCUUUCUAUCCUGCUGGCUGAUAGCAUCUUUGCGGCCCUCAGAGACGAAUGGGAGCAAGCCAACCCUGAAUUGCAAGGCCAGGAAGUGAAACAAAUAUAA